AAUGCUUCCUAAGACCAAAGAGGACCUCAAGAAAAUCCUUCAGAGCAAAAUUUACUCUAACCCACCCACUAGCCUUAAUGUUGCUCUAAAACGACUCAAUUACGAAAUGCUAAAACGAGAAGAAUUCGACUUCAGAGAGCGAAGUGAAGGCAGAAUUCUAAGAAUGGGCGUUAAUAAGAAACCUUCUAUUACACAGAAUAUUUUAGUCAUGAAGAAGAUUGAGAAAAAGAAAUAGAGCAGAACUUCGGAGAGAGAGAAGACUAAAGAACAGAAAAUUAAUGUACAAAUAAUUUUGAAGAGAAACAAGAUUCAAGUGAAAGUACAGAUUCAGAUGUCUCCCGUAAAACCCGUAUGGAACGGAAGAAAAAUAAGUUAAAACUCAAAGCCAAGCUUAAGAGAUUAAAGACACUUAAAGCUGCUAAAGAAGCUGAGUUGAGAAAACAGAAGAAGCAAGAAAAAUAAGAAGAAGAAAUUAGAACAAAAGCCAAUCAUUGACAAGAAUCAAUUUGAUAUUUUCAGGUCAAAUUCACCGAGAAUUAAGCUUGGAGAUGGGAUUAUCAUAGGCUCUGAUGGAGAUAGUAGCGAAGCAAUGGAGGAUAAAGCCAAUAGGACUAUCAGUAGUGAAUAUAGAGGAACUUUCAAUAUCACUAAAAGCCUCUCAAGGAGUAAAAGAGAGAGUGUCCAGGAUUCAAAGUUCCUCAAACAAACACCCAAACCUACAUUUUAUCAUCCUAAACUAUCCUUGAUUCAGAAGAAGGUCAAAAAUGUAUAUAUUUUUAAGGGAGGCGAGACUCAUAGAAAGAAAAAAUCUGAUUAUGAAGAAUUUAAGUGCUCUAAAAAUCAUGGUCAAAGCGUUCAACUCAAUAGAAAUACAAUUAAAUAAGGAUCUUCAGAUCCCUAAAGAUACUCUGAGAUCUGCAAGAGAUCAAAACAACAAGAAUUCACACUCCCAGUUUGCCACAAAUGGAGAUAUGAUGGAAGGAGAUUUAUCAAAUCUCAGUAGAAUAGAAGACCCAAAACCAAUGCUAAACACUUUAAAAAGAUUCCAUUCUAACUCCUCUGCAGCUGGUACAAAUUAUUCAAGGUUGUGUUCUAGAAAGCAUACAGCAUCACCUCAAUUUCCUGAAUACUAUAACAUUCAAGGGGAGCGUAUCAGACUCCAAGAUACUCAUAGUCAUAAAUAUACGGAAGACAAAUUCCGCUGAAUCAUUGAUAUUGGGAAAACUUCCCACCGGCGUCCCUUGUUUAACCCCAUAACAAGCCCUGCCUUUUACAAUAUAAGGGACAGCCAAACUAUUAGGAACAUUGUAAUGCACCCUAAAAGAUAUAAGGAUGAAAUUAAGAAGAAAGUGGAAGAAAGAAGGGCAAGCCAAAGAAGCACUUCGUUAUUGGACAAGACACAAUUGUAUCUGAGCUUACUUGCCUCUGGGCAAAAUCUCGAAGGAUAUUAA